GAGGAAGAGGCUGAAGAGAUUGCUCGCAGGUUGAGAGACCAGCUCUGGGCUGAUAUCAGCAAAGCUCAAGCAGAUCGCGCCAAUGCAACAGUUGUUACUUCAAGUCCCUCUGUUCCCGUGUCUCAAACACCUCCUACAACCUCUGUGGUCACUGCUGCUGCUGCUAUCCCCGCACCCCCAACAUCGAAAAAGGAAGAAGCUGCCAUAGCUACGAUGAAAAGCAUACUUACCAUUGCGGGGAAAGACUCUCUAGCUUGCUCUACCCUAGCUUCCACGGUAAUACCUGGCUCGCACGACAGCGUUCUAGACGCCUUGAAUAGUUCAGUUUCUACAGGAAGUAUCCCAAAAGGUUUAGCAAAAGCUCUCAGCCAUCUUCUGGUGUCAUUAGCUCGAUCUGAUGCACUUUUCGGCACCCUUCGUCACUCCAAUGCUCCAGCGAUACAACUUGAUAAAGGGAAGCGGAAACGCGACGAAGACG